UUUAUGGGUCGACAUUUUCUAAGAAAGUCCAUUGUCUCCACUCUCCCCCUCUCCGGUAGUAGGCUGUAGACAGCCAACCAAACCCGUUUACUUCUUUCUUCCUCCUCCUACUUUGCAGGCAUCGCAUUCUAUCUAUGCCGUUCUCGUCCCGCAAUAGCAAUCGCCGUACGUUGUUAAUGUCUUCUCCCCCCCCUCUACCCAUCCCAAAUUGAUUUCCACUACUUUAUAGUAAGCUUCCAGGAAGUUCGUCGUAUGAUGUUUCGGAAUUAAGAGUUCAUUUCCUGACUCAGCUUCAUACGUCGCUUCUUCUUCUUCUAAUGGAGAAGAAUGAACGUUUGGUUUUGGCCCUAGUCCUCGUUUGUGCAUCGUUGAGUUUCUCCGCCGCCCCUGCUGCUGCUGAUUGCUCCAAUGGACAAUGCAAGCUGCUGGAUGAGUGCCGAUCGGACGCUGAUUGCGAAACCGGGCUGUACUGCUUCUCUUGUGUUCAAGGAUUUUCAGGCUCCCGGUGUGUAAGAUCCGCCAUCACCGACCAGUUCAAGCUCCUCAAUAAUUCUCUCCCAUUCAACAAGUACGCAUUUCUCACAACCCACAAUGCCUAUGCCAUCGAUGGGGAGCCAUCUCACACUGGAGUUCCCAGGGUUACAGUUACAAACCAAGAAGAUACUAUUACACAACAGCUCCAGAAUGGUGUUCGAGGAUUAAUGCUCGAUACAUAUGAUUUCAAAGGAGACGUAUGGCUGUGCCAUUCUUUCGGGGGGCAAUGCCAUGACUUCACCGCAUUUGAACCAGCCAUAGACACUUUGAGGGAGAUUGAAGCCUUCUUAUCUGCAAAUCCAUCAGAAAUUGUCACCUUGAUCUUAGAGGACUACGUCCAGGCCCCAAAUGGGUUGACAAAGGUCUUCACGGAUGCUGGAUUGAUGAAAUACUGGUUUCCAUUGACAAGCAUGCCCAAAAAUGGUCAAGACUGGCCUCUGGUUAGUGACAUGGUUGCAAAAAACCAAAGGCUUCUGGUGUUUACUUCAGUCAAGUCCAAGCAAGAUAGUGAAGGGAUUGCUUAUCAAUGGAACUUUAUGGUGGAAAAUCAAUAUGGGGAUGGAGGAAUGAAUGCGGGAAGUUGUCCUAACAGGGGAGAGUCGUCACAGUUGGAUGACAAGAGCAAAUCACUAGUUUUGGUAAAUUACUUCAAAACAACCCCAAUCAAGCUCACAACAUGUGCUCAAAACUCUGGGGAUCUCAUUAACAUGCUCAAAACUUGCUACGGUUCUGCUGGUAAUCGAUGGUCUAAUUUCGUUGCUGUUGAUUAUUACAAGAGGAGUGAGGGAGGAGGAGCUUUUCAAGCUGUAGAUACCUUAAAUGGGAAGCUCUUGUGCGGGUGUGAUGAUGUUCAUGCUUGUGUGCCAGGAUCUACAUCAGGGGCUUGCACACCCCCGGCUUGAUAGCAAAUCAAGAGAAAUUGAGAGGAUAUACUUCUAACAAAAAACUUCACUUCGUAAUUCAUCUUAAAUUCUCAUGAUUCAACUGGAAGCAAUUGUCAAUUUAGCAUGCUUCAUAGUGACACCAAAUACUGGUUAGGAAUUGUAAAAGAACUGGCACGUUAUUGUUGAGAAAUGAGCUUUGCAUAUAUUGCAAAUGAUCCUGAAAUGUCUUUCAUGAAUUGCUUGUGAAUUUACA